AUGCCGCCAAAGACCAUUACGGAGGAGAUCGACGACGACGCCGACGAUGAGAUCAACAGUGAGACCCACGACGACACCAACGGCGACAUUGAAGACGAAGACGAACUUGGCAUGUUCCCUACAAACGAUGAGCUUAUAGCAAUCGCAGAAGAGGAUCCCACGUCCGCAGCAGGGCUCGCAUACCAGACUCCCUUUGGCGCUUUGCUCUGGCCAUUGACCCAUCGUCACAACACCCGCGAUCGUGUUACACGAGACCUUAUUAGCAGUGUUGUAACGAUGGACGAUAUCUGGAGCGACACGGAGAUGAGCGAGACGUCGUUUACCACCACCGAAUCAUCACCGCCGCCAUCUCCCAUCCUGACAGACUACCAAAACAACCUCAUCGCCACCUAUGCGUUCCACAGCGAUAGCAUCAGCGACCUCAUGAACAUUGCCGUCGACCUCGAAAUCAGCGUGCGACGCGAGCGCGACGAACCGAGCCUCCCAUAUCUCACCGAGGACUUGGAAAAGACACGAGGGGAGCUGGUGUUGCACAGGGACGCGAAGCGCAGGAUUGAGAGGAACCUGAAGAAGGAGAAGGGGAGGUUGAAGAUGGUGGUUGGAAAUGGGUCAAUCGUGGCGAAGCAGCAGUUGAAUGAGAUGGCUCGUUAUAUGGAGGUGGACAAGACGAUAGAGUGUCUACGCUGA